GGUGCGCGAGGCUGCCAUGACCAGUUUGAUGGAGGUGACACUGCUGCUGGUGCAGAACGAGGCAGAGUUAAUUAGCACUGACAUCUGCAAACAGAUUAUGUGCUGGCUGGCUCAGCAGUCAGCUGAAAAAAUAGACAAAUUCCGAGCUCAUGCAGGAUCUGUGUUCCUUACUCUCCUGCACUUUGACCAUCCUCCAGUUCCACACAUCCCUCAUCGAGAAGAGCUGGAGAGGAUAUUCCCAAGGUCAGAGAAAGAAACUUUAAACUGGAAUGCUGCAUCUGAAGCUUUCCCUCGGAUCACACAGCUCUUGGGCUUGCCAUCAUACCAGUACUAUGUGCUCUUGGGCCUCUCAGUGUCUGUGGGAGGACUCACAGAGACAACGCUCAGAUACUCUGCCCAGAGCCUGUUUGACUACAUGAAGAAAAUCCAGAGUGAUCCCAGUGCUAUGGAGAGUUUCUGUGAGACUUUGCUCAAGGUCUUUGAGGACAACCUGCGGAAUGACCGGGUGUCUGUCCCUCUGCUGACGAUGCUGGACCAGCUGCUGGCAAAUGGCUGUUUUGAUCUAUUCACUGAGCAAGAGAAUCAUCCCUUUCCAGUGAAGUUGUUUACCCUCUGUAAAGAAGAGAUCAAAAGAUCCAAAGACAUUCGGAAGCUUCGCUCCAGCAUAGGAGUGUUUUGUGGCCUGAUUCAAUUCCAAGGAGACAUGAGAGAGAAAGUUUUCUUUCAGCUGUUUCUCCUCCUCUGCCAUCCCUUUCCUAUAAUCCGGAAGACAACAGCCAGUCAGGUGUAUGAAAUGCUGAUCACCUACAGUGAUGUGGUGGAUCCUGACAUCAUGGACGAGGUCAUGGCCAUCCUCAGUGACACCAACUGGGAAGCUGAACUGCCUGUGGUGAGAGAGAGACGUAACUGCCUCUGCGACCUGAUGAAAGUGCCCAAACCACAGCUGGUGUCCAAGGUGCAG